GCGGUAGGCUGCAGCCCGUAGGGAGCCUUAUCGCCGUCAGAGAAUCGGAGGGCUAGAGGCGUAGAAACAAAGCGUGAAAGCGUCUGAAGGUUCCAUGGGCGGCAGUGAUAUUGUUUUUUACUGAUAUUCAUCAUGAUAACUCCGGUAUUUGAACUGAGUCAAGAUCCAGAUUUUCUCACAAUAAUUAUCAAAGUACCUUAUGCACGAGUUUCAGAAUUUGACGUCUAUUUUGAAGGGAAUUCAUUUCGUUUUUAUGCAAAACCUUACUUUCUCAGAUUGACACUUCCUGGAAGAGUUGUAGAAGAUGGAAGAGAGAAAGCAUCAUAUGAUGGUUCAGGGAUAUUUACAAUUCAUCUUCCCAAAGAGACUCCUGGAGAGAAAUUUGAUGGCUUAGAUAUGUUGACAGUUCUCUUAGCACCAAAGAAAUCCCGAUCAGCUAAACCUUUAGUGGAAGAGAUGGGUGCUCCUGAUGAGGAGAACAUGGAGGAAGAGGAGGAAUUUGACUGGGAAAUAGAACAAACCCUUCAGAAAGAUAACAUGGAGGAUUCCUUGUGUCCAUCUUGUUCCUAUGGAUUUGGAAGUCAGAAAUCAGGAGUUUUUAGACGUCUCCAGGAUGAACUUAAUGAAGUUAUUGAUGUUAAAAAUCCAGACAUAACACCUGCAUCUGAACGCAGAGAAAAACGACUUGCAGCAGAAGCUGCUAAAUUUGAUCCUGAUCAUUACCUAGCUGAUUUUUUUGAAGAGGAAGCUAUUCACCGUCUGUUGAACUAUAAGCCCUGGUGGGUUAACGCCUACGAGUUGAUGAUAAAUGCUCAAGAAAGCACUUCAUGGAUUUCUUUUACAGAAGAUGAGAAAGAACAAUUAAGAAAAUUCACUAACAGGACGUUCCUGCUUGAUAAAAGAGCCAGCCAACAAGUCUAUCUGAGCUUAAUUGAUAUACUUUUAGCAUAUUGCUAUGAGGUCUGUGCCACUGAAGGAGAAAAUAAUGUUGAGUCACCAUGGAACAUACGAAAAUUGAGCUCAACUUUAUGCUGGUUGGAGACUUUUACUAGCAUUUCGGAAGUCCUUACAUCCUUUGGAAGAAGAGUUUUGUGCUACCCACUUUAUAGACACUUCGGUUUAGUGAUACGAGCCUUGAAUGAUACGAUAAUGAUAUUGAAAUUAGGUAAAAGUGCUGUUUUGAAGUGUCUGCUAGAUAUUCACAAGAUUUUUCGGGAGAAUGAUCCUGCAUAUAUUCUCAAUGACCUUUACAUCACAGAUUACUGCAUUUGGAUUCAAAAAGCUAAGUCAAAGAAGUUGGCAGCGCUCGCUGAAUGUGUGCAGAAAGCAGAGCUGAGUAAGGAGGACUUGGGUCUCGAAUUAAAUGAGCUAGAAACAGCUGCACUUCUGGUACACGAGGAAGAGAAAGAGUUAAAAGCAACUGACGCAGACAAUUCUGAGCAGCAGCUGCCGCCUCCCUCUCAAGAAGAAACCAGUGAAUUCGAGGAUUCGGGCAGCACUUCAUCAUACGAGACAGAAGUCUCUGAUUCGGAUGAACAAGAGUCCUCAGCCAGUGAAGAUGGGAAAAUAAAUCCUUCACAAUGCACACUCCUAGAGGAAAGGACAGUCCCACUUAUUGACAAUAAUGGAUUAAGGCAAGACACGGGCACUUUGACACUGGAGGGUAGUAAUGAAAAAUCAAAGCUUUCUGUACGGUCUACUUCUGUUUCGGGAGAACUGAUAGAGGAAUUAGAAAAGCAAAUGCAGGCAGCAGUAAGGCUGACAGAGAUGCCUGAAACUGCACCUUCUCUAAGGGAUGAUGGCCAGGACUGCAGCAGCUCUUCGCAAGAGAUGGGAACCAACUGCACAGCACAGCCUGGAGGAUCCUAAUUACAAGGAACAUUUUACCAGAUGGAUCCUAACGAAAAGGAAAAUUUCUUGGAGGUGAUUCCGAAGUUUUGGGUAUUACAGAUGAAGCUUCUUAGACAAUAAUUAGGUAGAAUUUGUUAAUACAUGCAAGCAAAACUAUAUUUUUUAAAAAAUAUGGGUGUCCCUCAUCAAGAUCUUCAUGAGAUAAAGGUGUUCUAAAUAUAUAACUGUAAUCCAGUCUAAUUUAAUUUUGAUACCUAAGAUAAGAUUUUUCUAUAUUCUUAGCAUUACAAUAGUUUAAUUGCAUUAGGAAAGUAUAAAAUAUGGAAAAAAGUUACUGGUUUCUGGAAAAAAAGUAUGCUUAACUAUUUUUGUAUUUUAAAAUUUUGUUAACAGCUUAAUAUCUUGUUUAGUUUGAGGUGCUUGUGCCUGAGUAGAAGUAAAAAGCAUUGUAGUUUCCAGAUAUUUGCAUGUAGUAUCUUUGACAUUCAAGUUGAUUUCUAUAUGCAGCAUAUUCAAUACCUGUUCAGAUGAAUGGUAAUAAUAUUUCCCAUUACUGAAUUUUGUGGAAUUUACUGGGACUUACAGCAGGCAGUGAUGGGAAAGAGAUUGGUUCAGUUAAUAUCUUACUAUGAACCGAUCUAAAUUCAAUUCUUUAAACAAUACACAAGUUGGAAUCCAGAUAUCUCAAUAUUUAUUUUUAUGCAAAUUAUGCAAUGUAAUUGUCUUAUCAAAAAUCAAACAUAAAUUAGGUUGUGUGUGUAUGCUUAGAUGUAUCUUAGAGUGUGUAUGAUAUAUAUUGAAAUAUUUUAUUGUGAUCAUUCACCACCACAGGGGAAAUCAUUAUGCGGGUAUCUGAGACUGAAUCAACAAAGUUGGGAUAGUUAGGAGAAAUACAUGUAAACAUUAGUGACUAAAAUCAAUAUUAAAAACAGCUAUUUGUUUUAGCUACUCAUGUGUGACAAAAAAGAGAAGGAAUUGGUAUGUAUUCCCUUUGGAUAUAUAGUCAAAAAUUCCCACCUUAUCUUAUAUAUAUUUGGAUGAAUGAGAAUUGUAAGUACAAAUAAGUUCAUACCAAUCUUUGCUAAAAAUAUAAAAAUAAGAUUAGGAAACUUAAAAACUAGGAUGGGGGGAUCAAAACUCAUGGAGAGUAAAAUUGAUAGAUUUCUAUCCAUAAAAAUCCUCAUUUGUGAGAUGUGACUAUAUUUGGCAAUAUUAUUUUAGAACAGCUGAUUAUUAAACAUAGAUUGUAGAUUAUCUUUAUGCUACUGAUCUGAUCUAUGACUCAGCUGGAGAACAUGUGAUUUGCUGGCUAAAAUGCAGAUCUAAACUGUAGGAAAUAAUAUCAUUGUAAUUAGGCCAGUGGCUUAAUAAAAGAUAGGUGUAAUUGAAGAGCAGUGAUGAGCAUUUUU